AUGCAGAGUCCCUCACUGAGCCUGUCUGGGUCUGCCUAUGGAACCACACCUGUGUUUACAAAGGGUCUACAAAACAUAAGAGCCACCAAGGGUCAGUUGGUGGUGUUUGAGUGCCGUGUUCACUCCACUCCCCCCCUGCAGGUGCACUGGUACAGGGAGUACGACCAGAUCCUGGAUUCUGCUGAUUUCCGAACCCUGAGGAAAAAGGCUUGUUCAUCAGCAGUUCCUGAGGAAGUCUGCACCCUGGUUAUUACAGAAGCUUUCCCAGAAGACUCUGGAAUAUUUAAAUGUGUUGCUGAAAAUGAAUUUGGGUCUGCAGCAUCCAGUGCACAUCUCUCUGUUUCCCCAGGAGCUAAAGAGCUGGACAGCUUUGGAGGUGCUGCCCCCAGGGCAGCUGUGCAGGUCACCAUGAAGAGGCCCAGCUUCCCCAGGAGCAGCCAGGCAGGAGCCAAGGAGCGUGGGGCAGCUGCUCUGCCCUCCUACAGCCCAGAGAGCCCCGGGCUGGGCCCUGCAGGCUCCAGCUUGGGCCAGAAGAGCUCCAAGAGCCAAGCUGAGGAGUUCCAUGGGGCUUACGAGAAGUCACCUCGGGCUUCACCUCUGAGGGAAAAUCCACUCCAAGAAAGCCUCUAUUCUGCAAGGCAAAGGUUCCAUUCUAUCCAGGAGCCCAGCCAGGAAAACUUUUGUGGCCUGUCACCUAGCUUUUACCAGCCACCUAUCCAAAGCCAGUUAUCACCAACAAAAACCCAGGACAGCCGUGAAACCUCUCCUAUGAGUGUCCCUAAUCUCCCAUCCGUUUCCUCUAUGUGCCAACCAACCAUGUUUAACUACGAGCGUCCAAAACACUUUAUCCAGUCUAAGAACGUGUGCCAAGGGCAACAGCAGCCUCCAGGACCUGCAGCAGCCUCCACAGAGCCAAGCAGAGAAAUCAAACAGUCCUCCAUCCUCAUCCAGCCUCGUAACCCCAGCGGGCAGAAAUUCUCCUCCUCGUCAUCGCUGAGCUCUUCAAUCACGCUCUCCUCGCCUUCCUGUAGCGCCCCUAAGGAAUCCACCUAUCCCAUCACUCCUGCAUCUGCACAGUCUCCUGCUAGCUCAUCAUCUGGCCAGAGGCUCCUGCCCAUGCCUAACCAAUCCCCCGCAGCCUUCCUGUGCUCCGUGCUCCCCUCGCAGCCCGACUAUAACAGCCCCGCUCCUUCUCCCGUGGAACCUCAUUACUCACAGCCCAUGUAUAACAAACAAGCCAGCAUCAACUCUAUGCAGAAGACAUCAGACCAAGAAAUUCGAGGAACAAAGGAGGCCCUCAUCCAGGACUUGGAAAAGAAACUGAGAUGCAAGGACAGCCUCCUCCAGAACGGCAACCAGAGACUGACCUAUGAGGAGAGGAUGGCUCGCAGGCUGCUCGGACCAGUGAAUGCUGCCUCCGUGCUGGACACACAGGCUGAGGACAGCAUGCAGAAUGCACAGCACCAGAAUGCAGAAAACAUCAGGCUGCAAGUUCCUACAACACAUGUCAGGAGCAGACCAUCCUCUAGAGGCGACGAUCGUGGACAUGACUCAAUCCAGGAGAAGUUUUUUCAGCCACGUUUCACUCAAGUGCCUGAAGAUGUGGUGAUUGAGGAGGGCCGGUUCUGCAGGCUGGACUUCAAAGUCAGUGGGCUCCCGACUCCAGAUGUGAUGUGGUACCAGAAUGGAAGGAUGGUUCAUCAGGAUCAGUUCCAUAAAAUGAUAGUGUCAGAAAAGGGGUUCCACUCGUUCAUUUUUGAAGCAGUCAAAUCAGCUGAUGCAGGGACAUACGAAUGUGUGGCUGUCAACCGUGCAGGAGAAGCAUCUUUCACAGUAAAAGUGGAAGUAAUUGCUAAAGAGCAUCACAUGCCUCCAACUUUCAUUUUCAAGCCACAAAGCAAAAAGGUUUUUGAGGGAGACACAGCCAGGCUGGAAUGCCAGAUCUCUGCCAUCCCAACCCCUCGGAUUUACUGGAAAAGAAACAACGAAAUGGUACAAUAUAAUACAGACCGAAUAAGCUUGCUCCAUGACAAUACUGGAAGGAUCUGCCUCCUGAUCCACAAUGCAACCAAGAAGGAUGCUGGCUGGUACACCGUGUCUGCGGUCAACGGGGCAGGGGUGGCCACGUGCCAUGCCAGGCUAGAGGUUGCAACACAUACAAAUAAGCCACUUCCAGCCCCAAAGCAGUUACGGGUUCGACCAACCUUUAGCAAGUAUUUGGCACUUAAUGGAAGAGGACUGGAUGUGAAACAAGCUUUCUCACCAGAAGGGGAAUUUCAGCGUUUGGCUGAGCAGUCUGGACUGUAUGAAAGUGAUGAACUUUAA